UACUGACCGUGUAUCUUGAGUGGUUGUGUUUUCGCUAUGGAGCAAAAUGUCUCAGGUGUAUGAAAACAUCUUUCGUGACGCUCUGAAAGAUUUCAGAGUUUCGGAGGAUGGCCUGAUUUCAGGCUAUUGUAAUUCGUUGGAGGAGGUGGAAACACUUCUCGAUCAGCUGAAAACUGUGGGGUUUUCAUACUGCGUGAGAAGUAGUCGUUUUAAAGAGCCAUCUUCAGAUGUUAUGAAAAGUAAAACAAAGCAUUUCUUCAAGCAAAUGCAGGGACAUGUCCCUAUCCCCUAUUUUGGUUGUGCAUUUGCAGUGGAGAGUGUGGUCGAGGCACUGUGUUUUGGGGCCAAAAUACUAUAA